AUGACGACCACCAUCGCAUUGUCGGCCUCCGACGAGGCGAUGGCGGAUGAACCGAGGCCGCGGGCCUCCCUGGGCCUCGCGUGCUUCUCCUUCGCCGCCUUCGCUAAAUAUCUGGUCGGCCACCUUCGCGCCUCCGGCGUCCCGGUCGCCCCUGGACUGUCCGAAGCAGAGCUCGCUGCCGUAGAGUCCGCCUACGCGUUCGCCUUCUCGCCGGACCUCCGCAAUGUCCUCCGCGAGGGCCUCCCCGUUGGCCCAGGCUUCCCCAACUGGCGCUCCGCCUCACCGCAGCAGCUCCGCCUCCUCCUCGCCCUCCCAGCCGACGCCCUCCUCCGAGAGAUAGCCGCGGGAGGCAUCUGGCCCCGGGCUUGGGGACCGCGGCCGAGAGACAGAGCGGUCGCUGACGCGGUGGCGAAGGAGGCGCUUCUCAAGGCCCCGCGGCUCGUGCCGGUGUACCGCAAUUUCUACCUUCCGUCAGCGCCCUGCCUCGCAGGAAACCCGGUGUUUUACGUCCGAGGCAGCGACGUCCGGCCCGCGGGGAUCGACCUUUCCGACUUCUUCCGACGAGGGCAGCCGCGCGGGUGGGCCGCAGGAGCGCGGGUGGGCCGCAGGAGCGCCGAUGCCGGCGUGGGCGGCGACUUCUGCUAG